AUGUUCAAUUUUAUUUUGUUCAUUAAAACGUAAAGAUGAAAUUGUUUGUGCUUUUGGUGAUUUGUGCCACAUCAGCAUUUGCUGAAAAUAGUGAAAUUGAUUGGUCAGGUGUGAAGCCUAUUGAAGAAUAUUCAUGGUUUUGGGAAAAUAAACCAGCAUCAAUCAGACCAACUGAGGAACUUUUGAAUAGAAGGCGUGCAAGAAUUGUUAAUGGAGAUAUUGCUACACCUCACCAAUUCCCAUAUCAAGCUGGACUUCUUUUCAACUUUGCUGCUGGCACAGCUCUUUGCGGUGGUGCACUCAUCCAUGUAAGAAAUGUACUUACUGCAGCUCAUUGCGUUGAUGAAGCAUCAGGUGGAACUGUUAUCUUAGGAGCACAUUUUAUUAGAGAACUCGAGCCAAAUCAACAAAGAAGAACCUUAACCAGAGAUCACAUAAGACUUCAUCCAUUGUGGACUCCUUCAUUGAUUCAAAAUGAUAUUGCUAUGUUACAUCUUCCUACAGCAGUUACUUUAAAUAGCGCAGUUGCAACUAUUUUGAUUCCAUUGAAUAAUAACGAACAGUUCGCUAAUGCCGCAGCUACAGUCAGUGGAUGGGGAAGAUUUGAUGAUAAUAUCCAAGCAUCAUCAGACGUUUUGAGAUUUUAUAGAGGAACAAUUUUAGCUCAAGCAAAUUGUGCUUUAAGAUUCCCUGGCGUUAUUCAAGCAAGUAACAUUUGUUUGUCAGGAUUGAAUAAUGGUGGUGCAUGUUCAGGUGAUUCGGGUGGUCCAUUAUCAACAAGCGUAAAUGGUGUUCAUACUCACAUUGGUGUUGUAAGCUUUGGAUUAGCUCUUGGUUGUGAAUUACUUUGGCCUUCUGUAUUCGCACGUACUUCUUUCUACAUUGACUGGAUUAAUCAAAAUCAAAUAAACUAAAAAUACUAAUUGAAGAAUUUUAAGAUUUUAGAAAAAUUCCAUUCUUUGAUGUAAGGUGCUAAAUAAAAAAGGAUAUUUUCCAUUUUAA